AUGGGAAGAACCAAGCAAAGAGCCCGCAAAAACAUGGGAAAAGGAUGGUCCCAGAAACUCAAAGAGAAGGAACUAGCUGCUAAGGGUGGUGGCGGUGCAAGUAAUAAUAAUACAACUGAAGAAGAAGUUCAACCAUCAUCAUCGGAACAACAAUUAAAUAAUAAUAAUAUUAAUAAUAAUAAUACAUCAUCAACACCUCAACAACAUGAUGUUGAUAAUAAGAAGAAGAGAAAGGGAACAGAAAACAAGAAACAAAAUAAGCAGAAGAAGAAAAAGAUGGACGCCAAAAAGCAAGAUCUUAAAAAGGAAAAUAAAGCAGCUGAUGAGAAGAAGGAAGUAAAGGAAGUAAAGGAAGAUGGAGAACAGGUUGAAAUUAAAACAACAAGUACAGAUGGAAAAACUAAGGAUGAAGAAAAACAAGAACCUGAAAGUACAGAGUAA